AUGGCACGUUCAUUCAUCCUUUCUACAGCGCUCUUCGCGCUCCAAGCUAUUGCGCAGACGUCGUCUCCCUACACUGAUGCUAAGACUGGCAUCGACUUCCGCGGAUACACUGACGCGAAGACGGGCUACACCUUUGGUAUCGCUCUCCCCGAAAAGCCUACAACCGACUUCAUCGCCCAGAUCCAGGCACCUAUCACCAAUGGAGGCGGCUGGGCUGGCUUCAGCAUGGGUCAGUCCAUGACUGGCAACUUGUUGGUUGUUGCAUGGCCCAACGACGGCGAGGUUGUCUCUUCCUUCAGGAAAGCAACUGGAUACACCAACCCCGCAGUCACCACUGGCGACUUCACCAUGAACCCUAUCCCUGAUGGCACUUUCGUCAACGAGACAGCUUUCUCGUACACCUUCUUGUGCAAGAACUGCAUCAGUGAAGAUGUUGCCACUGGCCUUGUCAUCUACGACUCUCCCAGCACCAACAUCGUCGGCUGGGCCUUCUCAGACGACCCUCUUACGGACCCAGCGACUGCUUCUUCCACACUGACCUACCACACUGCUGGUUUUGGUGCCUUUGGUCUGCCCAUGUCCAACGCCACCAGCGCUGACUUCGAGACCUGGGCAGCGAUGGCCGUUGAGGGCAGCACUGGUUCUGGCUCUGACUCUGGCUCCGGCAACUCUACCACACCCAUCAGUGGCGGCAACUCAACCACACCUGUCGCGAGUAACACCACAGCUACUAUUGCCAACGCCACUUAUGAUUACAUUGUCGCUGGUGCCGGUCCCGCCGGUAUCAUCGCUGCCGAAAGAAUCGCGGAGAGCGGUGCCUCUGUUCUGCUCAUCGAGCGUGGCGGUCCUUCUUACGGAUUCACUGGCUACUCUGACAACUUGUCUUGGAACGACACUGUCUCCAUGUAUGAUGUUCCUGGCUACGGUUACUACCUCAGCGAUGUUGGCACGCCUGCUUACUGCGAUGAUACUGCGGAUAUGGCUGGCUGCCUUCUCGGUGGUGGAACCAGCGUUAACGCCAUGAUGUUCGUCAGGCCCCAAGACAGAGACUUCGACGACAAGUGGCCCACAGGCUGGAAGUCUGCUGACGUUUCCGCUGCCGCUGAGCGCGUCUGGGAGCGUAACCCUGGACAGACCCACGGUAGCGAGGACGGCAAGCGUUACAACGACGAGUCUUACGACGUUCUCUCCAAGUUCUUCGCCGCCCAAGGCUGGGCUGAGACCGACUUCAUCAAGGACCCCAACUCUAAGACUGAUGUUUUCGGUCGUCCUCCCUGGAACGUUGCUGAUGGUCUCCGUUCCGGACCGGUCAGGACCUACCUUCCCCUCGCUCAGAAGCUUAACAACUUCAAGCUCAUGAUGAACACCAAGGUCAUUCGUGCCGUCCGUGAGGGUACAUCUGCUACUGGUCUUGAAGUCGAGACCGCUGACGGCAAGCGUGUUAUCUACAACGUCAACGCUGGAGGUAGUGUCAUUCUCGCCGCUGGUUCCAUGUCCACCCCUCGCAUUCUUUUCAACUCUGGUAUCGGCCCUGCUGAGCAACUUAAGAUUGUUCAGUCUGGAAGCAGCGGUGUCACUCUACCUGAUGAGGCCGACUGGAUUGAUCUUCCCGUUGGCGCCGAGAUCAAGGACCACCCUAUUUUCACCAUCCAGUUCAAGACCAGCACCAACAUGUCCUCCACCCCUAAGACUGUCCUCACCGAGCCUGACCAGACCAAAAUCGAUCUAUUCGCCAAAGGCUCUGGCAUUCUCGCUCAGUCUGGCCAGCGCCUCAACUGGUGGUCCUCUGUUACCACCUCCAAGGGCAAUGAGAUGUUCUUCCAGGGUACUUGCAACGGACCCUCUGACAACACCAUCCAAAUGAAGGUUUACCUUACCCAUGGCGCCGCGUCCGUUGGCGAGCUUGGUAUUACUGCCGAGGGUGCUACGGAGUUCAUCACCAACCCCCACAUGACCUCUGAGGAGGACACCGAAGCCAUCACUAUGAUGAUGGACCGCCUCCUCCAGAUGACCAGCGGCUCCAACUCCACACUCAGUAUCGUUGCUCCUACCGGUGUUUCCAACGUCACCGCCGCUGAUCUGAUCAAGUCGUUCAAGACUGGCAGCCACUACGUCGGAACAGCUAAGGUUGGUACCAAGGGUGACGCUGGUGUUGUGGUCGAUACCAAUACCAAGGUCUAUGGCACCGAUAACCUUUUCGUUGUCGAUGCUUCCAUCCACCCUGACCUGCCCACCGGUAACACCCAGGCUAUCGUCAUGGUCGCCGCUGAGGCCGCCGCUGCUCGCAUCCUUGCUCUCGGUAGCAGCAAUGCAACCACACCUACCACUCCCACGUCUGGCGCCACUUCUGCCGUUGCCGAGGCCACCAGCAUCGCUGUCAUUCCCAGCGGCACUGGCUCGCCUGCUGUCUCUUCUGCUGCCCCUAUCGGCACCGGCUCACCUGUCGUUCCCAGCGCCCCAUCCAUUGCUUCUUCCCCCGCUGAGCCCGCGCCCACCGCGUCCGCGCCCGUCGAGUCCUCCGCUCCCGCUGUUGCUGAUGCCUACGGUCGCUGCGGUGGUACCGGCUGGACUGGUCCUACCCAGUGCGCCCAGGGAUGGAUUUGCUCUAGGCAGAACGACUACUACAGCCAGUGCAUGCACAGCAGCUCUCGUCGUGCACAGACUGCGCCUGUCGUCCGCCGCGACAUCAAGAAGCUCAACCGUGUUGCACAGGAGGAGAGCUUCCUUGACAUGUAUUAA